GCCCCCUCCCACCCUACCGCACCCCCCCGGCGCGGCCCAGCAGCGCGGCUGCCGUUUGACGAGCGAUGCGGAAGGAGGCCGGGAACUGCUGAACGGGCCGAGGCCCGGCGGGGCUCCCGGCCACUCCCCGCGGCGUCGCUGCUAGCCGGGCCCACGGGGCUGGGGUGGGAAAGACUCGGACCCUCCACCGGCCGCUGAGGUCAGAUGUUCCCAGCGGUCGCGAGGAAGAGGAGCGGAGCCUGGAGCUGCUAGGUGCUGAUCUGCUUCUGCGCUGGACCAUGGACUCACUGAGGGCGGCCCAGGUGUGAAAAUGUCCAGCAGUAACCGGGAGUUAGUGAUUGACUUUGUUUCCUACAAGCUCUCGCAGAAGGGGUACAGCUGGAGCCAGCUGGAGGAGGAGGAGGAUGAGAACAGGACUGACCUUGCAGCCGAGGGGGCCGGGCUGGACGGCGUCCUCAACGGCAGCCCCUCCUGGCACCCUCCCGCCAGCCACGCGCUGAACGGAGCCGCCCUGCGCCGCAGCGGCCUGGAGGUCCGCGAGAUGGUCCAGGCGGCCGACGUCAGGCAGGCGCUGAGGGAGGCGGGGGACGAGUUCGAGCUGAGGUACCGGAGGGCUUUCAGCGACCUCACCUCUCAGCUCCACAUCACCCUGGGCACAGCCUACCAGAGCUUUGAGCAGGUGGUGAACGAACUCUUCCGCGAUGGAGUGAACUGGGGUCGCAUCGUGGCUUUCUUCUCCUUCGGGGGAGCCCUGUGCGUGGAGAGCGUUGACAAGGAGAUGCGGGUAUUGGUGGGGCGCAUUGUGUCUUGGAUGACCACCUACUUGACCGACCACCUAGACCCCUGGAUCCAGGAGAAUGGCGGAUGGGAGCGCUUUGUGGACCUCUACGGGAACGAUGCUGCUGCCGAGGUGCGCAAGGGGCAGGAGACCUUCAACAAGUGGCUCCUGACCGGCGCCACGGUGGCCGGGGUCCUCCUGCUGGGAUCUCUGCUGAGCCGCAAGUGACCCUCGGCCGCGGCCCCCUGCCGUCCCCGGGACGCCUUCACCGCCACAUCCACUACACUCCGCUCCCGAGCACCGGCACCGAGGGGCGG